UGCCAGAAUUUCCUUCCUAUUUAACUUAUAUUUCCUUUAAAAAACUUCAGAUACUAUAUAUUAUUGAUACUAUUACUUUAUAAAUUAUUUUUCAAACCUAACAAUGUAUUACACGUAUCUUCCCAAAGACAUCAAUAUUUACAAACCAUUCUAUAUAUAUUAUUUUCAUUGCUACCAAGAAGUGCAUCCCUAUUCUGGGGAAAAUGAGGCUUGGAGGUGAAUAACUUUCAGUUUGUGAGUACCAAUAUAAGGAACUAAAUCCAGGUUUGCUUGGAUUGUAGAGUCAGAUUGCUAUUUGGUUUUUGUGGGUCAUGGUUGUGACUAUUCUGGAAAAAUGAAGCAACUUUGAGGGUGCAAUUCUCUGGUAGCUAAAGGAGGGUUUUUAUUGUAUGUGUCAGGACACAGGAACAUUCGCUCAGCCCAUCUUGGUUUAAGACUGGACAGAGGAACAAAUUAAUAUCAGACAGAUUAGUAGGAGAAAAAGGCCAAAAUUUAAUAAUGUAUAUAUGGAAAAUUCAGGUGGUUAUAAAUUCUAAAGAAUUAUGGCGUGCACUGGAGAUAUUUAUUCUCUGUUUAGAAACUUAAGGAGUAAAGGAGAGAGGGAGACUUACAUGACACAAGGGUGGAGGUGACCUCAUACUCUGAGAGUAAAGAUGAGAUUCUCAGAGAGGAUAUGUUCAUUGAUAAAGCUGCACCUGGAAGAUACCUCUCAAACUACAUUCUCCUAAGUCAUAAAACGGGGAGCAGUGCUUACUGCUUCUAUUAGGACAAAGGGCCCAGAGCAAAAAUCUCCUGAGGACUUCCCUGCUCUUAAUUUAGAAUAACCUGCAUUCUUUGUCUUCCCAAGGGUCACAGGGUCUCCAUUAAUUGUUAUUUCAUUUCAACAUAACCUUUAUUAGAAGAGGCCAACUCUGAAGAAGUAGAGAAAAGCCUAUCUGAACCUUUUGGGUAGACUGACCACACUUGGGGAAGGAAGCUCUGUAACUUGGAUUUUAUGGUUGGAGCAGGUUCAGACAUCUAUAUCUAGAAACAUCAGCCAGUGAGCAUGUUUUUGAAUACAUUAACACCGAAAUUCUACGUGGCCCUGACAGGCACUUCCUCACUAAUAUCAGGUCUUAUUUUGAUAUUUGAAUGGUGGUAUUUUCGCAAGUAUGGAACAUCGUUCAUUGAACAAGUCUCAGUAAGCCACUUGCGCCCCCUCCUGGGAGGGGUUGACAACAACUCCUCCAACAAUUCUAACUCCAGCAAUGGGGACUCGGAUUCCAACAGGCAAAGUGUCUCAGAAUGCAAAGUAUGGCGAAAUCCACUAAAUUUAUUUAGAGGUGCUGAAUAUAAUCGGUACACUUGGGUGACAGGACGAGAACCUCUGACUUACUAUGACAUGAAUCUUUCUGCCCAGGACCACCAGACAUUUUUUACUUGUGAUUCAGAUCAUCUGCGUCCCGCAGAUGCAAUAAUGCAGAAAGCCUGGAGAGAGAGAAAUCCCCAAGCGAGGAUUUCUGCGGCUCAUGAAGCCUUAGAGAUAAAUGAAAUUAGGUCCAGAGUUGAAGUUCCCCUAAUUGCUUCCUCUACCAUCUGGGAGAUAAAAUUGUUACCAAAGUGUGCAACUGCUUAUAUUCUCUUGGCUGAAGAGGAAGCAACAACCAUUGCUGAAGCAGAAAAGCUGUUUAAGCAGGCCCUGAAGGCUGGAGAUGGCUGUUAUCGACGUUCUCAGCAGCUGCAGCAUCAUGGAUCCCAGUAUGAAGCCCAGCAUAGACGAGACACCAAUGUCUUGGUCUACAUCAAAAGAAGGCUAGCAAUGUGUGCCAGAAGACUCGGGAGGACAAGGGAAGCAGUGAAAAUGAUGAGAGAUUUAAUGAAGGAGUUCCCCCUCCUAAGCAUGUUCAACAUCCAUGAAAAUCUUUUAGAAGCCCUUCUAGAACUACAAGCAUAUGCUGAUGUUCAAGCAGUUUUAGCAAAGUAUGAUGAUAUAAGCUUACCAAAGUCGGCAACAAUAUGCUACACAGCUGCCUUGCUCAAAGCAAGAGCUGUCUCUGACAAAUUCUCUCCCGAGGCUGCAUCUCGGCGGGGGCUGAGCACAGCAGAGAUGAAUGCUGUAGAGGCCAUUCAUAGAGCUGUGGAAUUCAAUCCUCACGUGCCAAAAUAUCUACUAGAAAUGAAAAGCUUAAUCCUACCCCCAGAACAUAUCCUGAAGAGAGGGGACAGUGAAGCAAUAGCAUAUGCGUUCUUUCACCUGGCACACUGGAAGAGGGUGGAAGGGGCUUUGAAUCUUUUGCAUUGUACGUGGGAAGGCACUUUUCGGAUGAUCCCUUAUCCCUUGGAAAAGGGGCAUUUAUUUUACCCAUACCCAAUCUGUACAGAAACAGCAGACCGAGAGCUGCUUCCAUCUUUCCAUGAAGUCUCAGUUUACCCAAAGAAGGAGCUUCCCUUCUUUAUUCUCUUUACUGCUGGAUUGUGUUCCUUCACAGCCAUGCUAGCCCUCCUGACACACCAGUUCCCAGAACUCAUGGGGGUCUUCGCAAAAGCUUUCCUCAGCACUUUGUUUGCCCCCUUAAACUUUGUCAUGGAGAAAGUGGAAAGCAUCCUCCCAUCCAGUCUGUGGCACCAGCUGACACGGAUCUAGGGAAGCCGCCCAUCCUCCCACUCACCUCACCCAGCGGGCUGCCACCAUCUCUUCCGUGCCAAGUCCUUGUGGAGAGCAAGAAAGCAUGACUUUGAAAAAGGGAAGCCAUUCCAAGAUUUUAAAAUGUUCAUGGACUAUCUGUUCCAUAUUAAAAGUUGUUUUUGUUGUACAAAACUCAUCAAUGUUCAGUUCUAUUAUAUUUUGCCUUCGGAAAAGAAAAAAAGGUCAAAAAUAAACUUUUGUGUAUUGCAGCAA